GCCCAGAAUUUCCCAGCUCUUGUCUGUCCCCAUCCUGCCUCAGUUCCUUAUUCCCCUCUCUGUGCUCAAAGUCAUCAAUUGUACACUCCAACGUGUGUCCUGAAGAGAAUGUUCCAGACUAAAGCUAUGAUCCUGAGAGCCCUUGCCCUGGCUUUCCUGAGUGUCCAAGGAGCUGGGGCCAUCAAAGCGGACCAUGUAUCAAUUUAUCUCGUAUUAGCACAGACACACAGACCAUCAGGGGAAUUUAUGUUUGAGCUUGAUGAGGAUGAGCAGUUCUACGUGGAUAUGGACAAGAAGGAGACGAUAUGGCACCUGCCGGAGUUUGGCCGAGCCUUUUCCUUUGACACUCAAGGCGGGUUGACUAACAUUGCCAUAAUGAAGUCGAACUUGGAUAUCAUGAUCCGGCGUUCCAACCACACCCAGGCCCCCAGUGAGCCUCCAGAGGUGACUGUGUUUCCCAAGGAGCCUGUGGAGCUGGGCCAGCCCAACGUCCUCAUCUGCCACGUGGACAGGUUCUUCCCACCGGUGCUCAAUGUCACAUGGCUUCGCAAUGGACAGCCGGUCACUGAAGGUGUUUCCGAGGGCAUCUUUCUGCCCAGCAAAGACUUCAGAUUCCACAAGUUCCACUACUUAGUCUUCCUUCCUUCGACUGAGGACGUCUAUGACUGCAAGGUGGAGCACUGGGGGCUGGACGAGCCGCACCUCAAGCACUGGGAGGUCCAGGAGCCGGUCCAGGUGACGGAGACGACUGAGACCGUGGUCUGUGCCCUGGGCCUGGUGGUCGGCCUGGUGGGCAUCAUCACUGGCACCAUCCUCAUCAUAAGAGCUCUGCACUCCAAGCGCGAUCCCCGGGCCCAGGGAUCCCUGUGAGGUUAUUGUGGAGGUGACAAUGUUCCUGAAAAGAAGAGGACUUGGGAGAGCUCUGAAUUACAACUGCCCUCCAAACUCUAGCCUCAGCUUCCCUUCUCUAUUCCUGUGCUUUCUGUUCCAUUGCCCGCCUUUAUUGCUGGCCCUUCAAGAAUUUAUAUGUGACCUUAAGGCAUUCAGUCUAGUUCCCAACAAGUAGAAAGUAGUGAAUAUACAUUAGUAUUUUGUAGCACUAGCAUGGAGAUUAUCCCUUCACUGAGCAGCUCAUUCCCUGGUUUCCUUUGAACAACCCUUCACUGCUCCCUUCCUGAGUAUCCCCCGAGAUCAAUAAAUUCUUCUAUCUUUUAGAUUCUGAGUU